GUGCUUGAGAGCUCCUUUGCGUGCUACCUGAAUACAUUCUUUUCUCUAUUGCUGCUUCAAAUUCAACUUCUCGCCAAUUCUUGUAGUGGCUGAGUGCGUAAACAGAGGACCACAGCAGUAAACAGUCGCGUCCAUUCCAAUGCAGCCGACGCAUUGGGUCACGGAAGGUGCAAGCUCGCCAGGACCUGGAGCGUACUACACGCCGCAGCAGAUGAAGAGCUACCUCCAUGACCUUCGCACCAAUCGCCCUGCUCGCCCAACCGGCUCGCGUCCGCCACCUGCACACUUCAAGACUUGGUCGAAUAGAGAAAAUUCGCGCGUGCAGGAGAUGCCGACGAUUGCCUCGCUGCAGGCUGCGAAAGAUGCCGAGGUGAAAGUCGACACGCAAACCCCCGCCGCACCAACACCACAGCUGCAUCGCGGGGGAACGUCGAAUGCCAGCUUGGACCAAGUCGUGGAGAGUGCAGGCAAGGCCCUCGUGCAGCCGCCGCGGGGUCGAGACUCGGCUGGCUCUCACGAACGCACACCGAGUGUGCAGUACCGCGAAGACGCCCGGCGAAAGGCAGAGCGCCGGGGGUCCAGCGAAGUUUGCGCUGCCAUGGAGGAGCUGGAGCUGAAGGCGGAGGAGAAGCUGUACGAGGCUGCGCGCGACGAAGCCGCCGAGAUCGUCUGGAAGCACCGCAACCCAAACGCGCCUGAGAACAACCCCAGUGCGCCGUAUGCGUACCCCGGACCAGGACGCAAGGCACUGCAGCGGCCGAAGCUGCAGCGUACGCGGAGUCGCAGUGUGGGGCCGCAGGAGGAUCCAGAGCAGGAUCUGCAACGGGCGAACUCGAAGAUGAGGAAGAGACACUCGAUCGGCAGCUCAGCGGGCAGCAGGAGCAGCAGUCUGCAGGGCAGCGUCGGCGCAGCUGGCUCAGAUUCGUCCGCUACACCAUGCCCCCCCUUCAGCACAUCUCCCACCAAAAACUCACUCGACCUCAAGAUUGUAAGAGCAUCAUCAGACUUGCCUCAGCAACGGAAAACCAGCGGCUCUCGUCGCAAACCAAGCGGCAGCCUCUUCCAGAACCCCAACGACCAAAUCUACGAAGAACCCGAGGAAGAAGCACCCCCUGCUCCCGCACCGACCCCCAUGGCGGCCGAGCCUCCGAAGCCUGCUCCUUUACCCCUGGGCAUGCGGCGGAACCCUUUCACACGAUUCCAGUCGAUCAAAGGAAACGGUAUGGUCAGGUCCAACACGGAUCCCAUCGUAGGCAUGAAGCGUUUCGAUCGAUACGAGAUUUACAAGAAUGAGCCGACUCAGUCGAGGAACGCGGCGUAUACGCUUAAUACGAACAGGUCGAAGCUGAGUGAAGUCAGCAAGGUGGAUGCAGAGAAUGAGCCGGAGGUCAAGAUGAAAGAUGGGAAAGAGAUCAGGAGUGAUGAGCUGCGCGCUGCUACAGGGUUCAGUCUGAGGGAUCGGAGUCCGAAGCUGCCCACACCGACUAUGGUGUCGGAUGCGCCUGGGAGACCGAUUGUGUCUUUCCAGAAGGACUAUGGUGUCGUGGAGCUAAAGGAGGAGAAGUCCGUCUUGCCAGCGGAUCCAGGGCCUGAGCCCUUGCGCCCGGCUCCAGCAUCAAAGCCAUUGGAGAAGUCGGCGACGGAGCCAAUCAUACCGACACGGAAGAGCGUCUUCGAGAGGCCAACGAGCAGAUCGGGAGCAGCACCAAGUCCGUUCGAAAGGCCUGCCAGCAGAUCUGCCAGUCCUUUUGACAGACCGGCAAGUAGAUCCGGGACAGCAUCACCAGCACCUUUGAGGGAGUUCGGCCCGUCUAGCUCGCCUGCUCCGCUGAGCAACAGCCGUCCAGGGACACCAAAGGGACCUUUUGCCAACAGGAGUCCGCUGAGCAGAGUCAACACCGCCUCCACUGCUCCAUCGACAACGCCUGCGGCAAGUGCUGUACCUCCCGUUCCUGCGGAUCCGUAUGCACUGCCCACUGUAUCUGCAACACCACCAAUACCGGCCGAUCCAUACGCACUUCCACCACCAUCAUCCCGGCCCCAGCCACCCGUUCCGAGUAUUUCAGUCAGCGAACCUCGCCCUGCCGGCCGAGGCAGGUUCAGCAGACCACAAUCAGUGUCAAGCAUUCCCACCAUCUCCGUCAGCGACACACCGACCCCGAGCCAUGGGCGAACCGGCAGCAUCCCUUCGAUAGGUGUCACGCCGCCAAUCCCUACAAUCUCUGUGAGCGACUCACCAGCUCCAACUACUGCUUCUCCUCCUCGAGGGCGCUUCAACAGGGUUUCGACAACACAAGCCAUUCCCACAAUCUCCGUCAACGAGCCUCCUUCCAUGACUAGAGGCCACAGCUUCAACGCACCCGUCAUCAAUCUGCCCACAGACGUGCCGACAAUAUCGGUCAACGAGCCUCCAGCGUCAAGACCAAUUCCAACAAUCAACGCACCCUCAAUCUCCGUCACGCCUUCCGUGCCAGCCACCAGCGUCAGCGAACCGACUCCAUCAACCCGACCUCUGCCAGACCCACGCAACUACACCAAGAAGCCCUUCGGUGCAGCACCACCCAUCAGCACCUCCCAGCCUUCCCGCCCACCUCUCAGCACCCGCCCCCUGCCCGCCUCCGCCCGCACCCACUGGACACCAACCUCUGUCCGCACCGGCGCGCAAUGCACACACUGCGCACUCCCCAUCAGCGGACGCAUCGUCAGCGCAGGUGGGUGUCGCUUCCACCCCGAAUGCUUCUCCUGCUACCAGUGCGGCGAGAAACUUGAGUGCGUCGCGUUCUACCCCGAACCUUCCGCUAAGCACGCCGCGCGCGUGGACCGUAUGCGGGCGAGGCAGAGAGGUGAAGAUAUCGCAUUCCUCCCCGGCUGGGAAACCGCUGAGAAGAUGCGGGAGCUUGAGGAGCAGGAUGGGCUUGAUGAGGCGCCGCGGUUUUACUGCCACUUGGAUUUCCACGAGUGUUUCUCCCCGCGCUGCAAAUCUUGCAAGACGCCCAUCGAAGGCGAGGUCGUGGUUGCGUGUGGUGCGGAGUGGCACCCCGGUCACUUCUUCUGCGCGCAGUGCGGUGAUCCGUUCGAUUCCAGCACCCCGUUUGUCGAGAAGGAUGGGUAUGCAUGGUGUGUGAAUUGCCAUACGAAUCGGUAUAGUGCCAAGUGUAAGGGGUGCAGGAAGCCAGUUACGGAUACGGUUGUUAAGGCACUGGGGGCGGAGUGGCACGUGGGGUGUUUUGUUUGUGUGGAGUGCAAGGGGCCGUUUGAUGAUGGAAGAUACUUUUUGAGGGGCGAGAGUCAGGAUCCGGUAUGUGUGAAGUGUGAGGAGAGGAGGCUGAAGGCUUGAGUUAGUAAGGUCAUCUAGCUUGACCGACCCGGAUCGACUAGUCUCAGUCGUGCUGUACGGGGGUGUACGGGGCUGUAUUGCGGUGUUGAGAGUGAGAUAUUUCGGUCGUCGUCCCUCUGUUUGACAUAGAAACGAAAAGCAUACUCGGUCGUUGGGCGUUGAGACUUAUUCAUCUUUGUGUACUAGGCAUGAAGGCGUUUUGGUUGUUCAGAU